GUGUUGUAGUAAUUAAUUUCAAUAUAAAUUUAUGUGAAACCACAGUUUAAAAGUUCUAAACCCAGUCAGAGAAUUCCAUCAAUCUAUCAUAGUUCGAAAGCAUUCCGUCCGGAAACGAUGAGCAGGCUAAUUUGUACCAUCACGAUCGUGUUGCUUGGUGUGACCGGAUUCUGGGCUGCUGUUACUGAAGCCGGUAUCAAAACCGUCACCGAUGAUGAUCUCGUAAAACUGUUCCACAGUCAUUCCAAUUUUGUGGUUUUAUUCUCCAAAAAGAACUGUGACACCUGUGAUAAGCUUGAAGCCGUGCUUGGAAAUCUCAAACAAGAAAUCAAAGACAAUCUAGAGGCAGAAAUCUUCAAGGCUACCGGAAGCCAGAUGGUUCGUCUGUACAGUCCAACGAAGGAACCGGCCGUGGUUUACUUUCGUCACGGUGUUCCUCUGCUAUACGAUGGGCCAGUUAAUGAGGAUGCACUGAUCGGAAAAUUGGUUCAAAACAAGGAUCCAAAUGUCAAGGAGUUAUCCGAUGAAAAUUUCGAACAUCUAACUCAAGCUUCGAGUGGAGCUACUACGGGAGAUUGGUUCAUCAUGUUUUACACAUCGAACUGCGUCGAUUGUCAACGUUUGACCGCUGUUUGGGAAGCAGUGGCUGGUGAUCUCAAAACGCGGAUGAAUGUCGCUCGAAUGCAAAAAGAUGGAAAAGGAAGCGCUACAGCAGAACGAUUCCGCGUUAACGAAGUACCUGCUUUCAUUUUCUUGCGCCAAGGAAAAUUCUACCGAUAUGAAAUUGGAAAGUAUGACAUCAAGUCGUUUGUAACUUUUGCACAAGACUGGUACAAAAAUACCACCCCGGAGAAAGUCCCUGUACCACAGUCACCAUUUGAUCAAUUGGUAGAGCAAGCUGUCUAUACUUUGAAGAAUCUACCGGAGUUUGUUGACGUUCUCAGGACGGAAUUCCCAACCUGGUUCUAUAUAAUGCUUGGUCUGAUCGUGUUUGUAGUUUUGGGAUUUACGGCAACGAUUAUUCUUGCAAUCAUCACUAGAUGCAAGGCAGCAGCGAAGAGCAAGAAAACGCGCUCCAAGAAGGCAAAGUAAAUUUAUGAUUAUGUGUAUACAUAUCUGUUCGGUAAGAGCAUGAGAACCAGAAGAAAAAAUGGGUUGUCUAUUCUUUUGUUUUUUUUUUAAAUUACCCAAACAAGAUUUUUAUUUACCUUUGACUAACUCUUGAUAGGUAUAGAAAAUCAUCCUUCUCUACCUCUUUAAUUUCCCACCUUUUAACUAUCAUC